GAUCACCCGAGGUGGGGAACGGAAGUAGGAAAUUGUUUACAAAAUAACGAACGUAAAUAUAAAGAGAAUAAAUUAUUAAAAAACUUGUCAAUAAGAUAAAUUAUCGUUUUAAUUAGCUAAUUUAACACGUCCAGUUGGUUGUAAUUAAAUCUUUGAUAUGAUUCCAGUGAAAAGAUCCAACAACCAAACAAAAAGUAAUAUAAAUCGCUAUAGUAGUAAAGGAAAAGAUGUGGCUAAACAAUCAACUUCACGUCAAAGAGCUGCUGAUUCAUUCACCUCUGACUCAGAUGGACCUAUAUCGUUCCCUGUUAUUAAACAGUCUGAUAACGCUAAAAUUCUUCCUAGGUACACGGGAAUUUUAUCCAGACCGGUUGACGAUGGAGUUAGUAUGGAUGAUUUGGAUCAACUUCAACAAGACUUUGAGAAGCUCUUAUCCACCAGUGCAGUUAGAAAUCGGUUGUUGAGGAGCGAAGUUGAAUCAAUGGAUAAAGUUGAAAAGAAAGGGAAACCAAUAGAAAAAUCGUCGUUAAAACGAAAAAGGCCUGAUGAAAAGUUAAAGUACAAAGACACAAAGAAUGGGUCCAGAUUGUUCAAAACAAAACAAUACAACCCACCCAUUAAUGGAUUUAUGGGUGAACAUUCAACAAAACAUGAAGUUCCAAAAGUUAUUUUACCAAGAAAUGAUACUUCUGAUAAAUUUUGGUCUUCUAUUGAACCAUAUUGUGCUGAUGUUACCAAGGAUGAUGUUAAUUUUUUGGAUGAUUUAAUUCAAGAAUGUUCUCAAGAUAUAAACGUAAAGAUUCCGGAGAUUGGGGAACACUACGCGAUGGAAUGGGCCGAAAGUACUUUAAAUCAAGAACAGAAUCUUUCUACUUUAGGGAAACCCACCAAAACUAAAAGUAUUAAUUUUUCGAAUGAUUUGAAAAAAAGUGGAUUAAAUGCUAUGGUUGAUACAUUUUCAAGUCCACUUACGCAACGUUUACUGGCCGGACUUUUAGAAGAAAAAGUUUUGAAAUCAUAUCCUAACUCUAUAAGUAAACUAAAAGCAUCCGAUUUUACAUUAAAAAAUAAUAAUGGACCGAGAGGUGGUAUGUGUUUGGAUAGAAGAUUACGUAAAGAACUUAUGGAACAAGGAAUAUUAGAUGUAGAUGAUUUACCAAAGACGUUUCCACCCGAAGAUGAUAUACUAUUGGAAAUAAAAAAGUGUCAGCAAGAAUUAGCAGUUGUAAAUGAGCACAAUAUAAAAGAGUUAGAAAAGGUUCGUACGAUGGUUGCGAAAGAUUUGAGAAAACAAGAGAUAAAAAUGGCGCUCAGUAAAGUAGAUAAUAAGGUUAUGGCUAUGUACAACACCCUUUUAACCGCGAAACAAAAACACGUCUCUGCAACAGACGAUGAAGAGGGAUUCGAUAAACAAAAUAACCGUUUAUUGCCUCGAGAAUGCGAAGAAGAAGCUAACAAAUUAAUUAAACAACAAAUGAUGUUUCAUCGAGAACUAUCUGAACUUACAAAUUUUUCAAUGCUACAGUAAAAAAGUUAUUUUAAGCAUACAUACAUAUAUAUUUUUAUAGCAAAGUGGUUUAAUUUACUUUUUGUGGGUUACUUUUUUUUUCUUUUUUAUUUUCAGUAUUGAAAACCUUUAUAAACAAUAUCAUUCGUUUAGUAUAGAUGUAUGUAUACCAAAAUUUACCCAAAAUAAAUAAAUUAUAGUACAUUAAA